AUGGUGCCCACUUCCUGCGCGGUGCCUCCUGGCAUCACCUCUUAUCCCAAGAUGACUAAUGCAUGGGAAUCGGGGCCCACGGGACUGCGGCCCCCCUCCCCCGCCGCACUCCCGCGGUACCGCAAAGCCGGGGAAUACUCCGACGCCUCCUUCUCGGAGCACAAGCGCAAGCCGGCAUGGAUGGGUCUCCUGGGCCCCACCAUCCGCGCUGAGGUCUACGACACGGUGGUGAUCACUUUCAAGAACCUGGCCUCCCGCCCCUACAACCUCCAUGCCGUCGGUGUGUCCUACUGGAAGGUGUCGGAGGGGGCAGGGUAUGAGGAUGAGACCAGCCAGCUGGAGAAGGAAGGGGACAGGGUGGAUCCGGGCAAGACGCACACGUACAUCUGGGAAAUCCAACAAAACCAGGGCCCCACGGAUGGUGACUCCCCGUGCUUGACACACUCGUACUCCUCCAACACCGACAGCGUAAAGGACACCAACUCUGGUCUCAUCGGAGCCCUGCUUGUGUGCCGGCCUGGGACCCUGGCGAGUGACGGGACUCAGAAUGCACUGCAGGAGUUUGUGAUGCUCUUCGCGGUGUUUGAUGAAGGGAAAAGCUGGUACUCGGAGCCCAGCUCCCCAGCAGCCACCCGGCCCCUGGCACAUAACAGGACGGAGCUGCACACCAUCAACGGCUACAUCAACAGCUCCCUGCCUGGUCUCACACUGUGCCUGAAGAAGCAGGUCUACUGGCAUGUGAUCGGGCUGGGCACCGGGCCAGAAGUGCACUCCAUCUUCCUCGAAGGCCACUCAUUCUUGGUGAGGAACCACCGUCUCAGCAGCCUGGAAAUCUCCCCUGCCACCUAUCUCACAGCCCAGACCAUGCCAGGAACAACGGGCUGGUUUCGGAUGUUCUGCCAGAUACCAUCCCAUCAGCAAGCUGGCAUGGAGGCCUUUGUGAAGGUGGCAGAGUGCCCAGAGGAGCGCCUGUUGAAGAUGGGGGAGCCAGAUGACACAGAGGACAUGGAUUAUCCUGAAGAAGAUGAGGAAUUUUCUUAUCAUGUGAUCCAAGUACGCUCUUUUGCCAAGAAGGAUCCUGUGACCUGGACUCAUUACAUUGCAGCUGAGGAAAUGGACUGGGACUAUGCCCCAGUGAAGCCAGCAUCUCUGGACAGAAACACCACAAGUCUCUUUCUGGAGGCCGGCCCUCAAAGGAUCGGUUCAAAGUAUAAGAAAGUCAUGUUUGUGGAGUAUGAGGAUGCAACCUUCAAGCGCAAGAUGUCAGCCCAAUCAGACAAGGGAAUUCUGGGGCCUGUCCUUAAGGGAGAGGUUGGUGACCAGCUUACGAUCGUGUUCAAGAAUCUGGCAAGCCGGCCUUACAACAUCUACCCUCAUGGCCUCACCCAUGUAGGGCCAUACCACGCCAUGAGGCCCUCUGAAGCUAGGGAUGUGAAGGACAUUCCUGUUCUCCCUGGCCAGUCAUUCACCUACAGCUGGAGGGUCACAACUGAGGAUGGACCAACACAGGCAGAUCCUCGCUGCCUCACACGUUUCUACUACAGCUCCAUCAACCCGACUCGCGACAUGGCCUCAGGCCUCAUCGGGCCCCUCUUGAUCUGCUCUAAGAAAUCCAUGGAUCAAAGGGGAAAUCAGAUCAUGUCAGAUGAGACGAGGUUGGUGCUGUUUUCGAUUUUUGAUGAGAAUCGCAGCUGGUACCUGUCGGAGAACAUCCAGCGGUUCUGCACGGACCCAGCCCACGUGGACACUCAGGACCCUCAGUUCUACGCCUCCAAUGUGAUGCACACUAUUAAUGGCUUUGUUUUUGACAACCUCCAACUGAACCUCUGCCUGAAUGAAGUUGUGUACUGGUAUGUCCUAAGUGUCGGGGCCCAGACAGACUUCCUCUCUGUCUUCUUCACUGGGAACACAUUCAAACGCAACAUGGUCUUUGAGGAUGUGCUUACCCUUUUCCCAUUUUCUGGAGAAACGGUCUUCAUGAGUUUGGAAAAGCCAGGUGUCUGGAUGCUGGGCUGCCUGAACCCGGAUUUCAGAGACCGAGGGAUGCAUGCCAAGUUUACAGUCACUCAGUGCCGGACUGAACAGUAUCCUGAUGGGGAGGAUUACCCAGAUUAUGAGGAAGAGGACACCGUCAUAUUACAACCCAGGGGCUUCUCUAAAAGAAAAAGGCAGCACAGGCCAUGUGUGAAUAAGCAACCAAACAUCAUUUCUUCAAGCAGUGAGACAGAGAAACCAAGACUGUGCUCAGCAGAACCCAUCCAUGGAGCCCUGAUGAGUGAUGGAAGUAAUUCUGACCAUGCUUCAAAUGGCACGUCAAUAUUUUCAGGAACAGCCCCAGGUGAUAUCUCUAUGUCCUCUUUGCCAGAGGCAAACUAUGACCCAGUGUCUUAUGAGUCCUUCCUGGAAGAUGAAGACUUAUCAAAAGCCAACAGCCAGGUUCAAGGAUUUGGGACUGUCCCACCUGGAGAAAGCUCAGCGAGUGUCAGUGCUGUGAGCUCAGAAACAGGUCAGCAAUGGCUGCACCAAGCCACACAGACUCCAGAAAAUGCUCUAGCGGGAGAGAAAGUGACGAAAAGCUCAGAAAUACAGGAUCCAGUAAAAGGGAUGAUGAUCCAGACUGCUAGUACAUUACAGCUCCUGGAAGCAGAGACUCCACCAACUCUUCAGUUGGGAGAGCAGAAGGUGUCACAUGCAGUAGGCUCGUCAGAAAUGAUAUCUGCUGCUGCCAGCAGAGAUCCUCUUAUAGAGGACAGGAGCUCAAUCCAUCCAAGUGACCUGGAGCACAACCCAGCAUUUCAAGGCAUGUCUUCACAGAGUGCUGAAGAUGGGUCACUGAAAGGGGCAGAUAAAAUAUCCUUAAAUCUAUUCAAUUCAAGGGAAACAAUCAAUGGAGAACUGACCUUAAGUACUGACAGUAAUUCUUCUCUCACACUGGCUAAUCCUUCAGUAUCUUCAGACAAAAGAGAAGAUAACAGGACUUCUCAAGCUGUAGGCCAGAGUAGCACUGAAGGAAGCAAUCAUUCUUCAAAGGAGCUAGAUGCUAGGCUAGAAAAAAGACCUCCUGAAGUGGUUUCACAAGUCUUUUCUCAAGCUUUUAAAGUGACCAAUGGUUCUUUGUCAACUGUGGGACCCAACAAAUCUGUACAAGGUCAAAUCUUCCCAGAGGAGAGUAACUCCUUGCCUGCAAAAAGUGCCCCUGAAGUAGAAGCCAGUAAAUCUGCCAAAAGCUCAAGCCUGCUGGAAGCUGCCUUUGUGCAAAGUAAUGACCUCGAGCCUUCUGGUCGUGUCAUGACAGAAGAGACAGAUGAAUUAAUUCUGGAUGCAGUUUUUCAGGAUGCUAUAGAGGCCAAGGAGUUGCCAGAGAUGAACGAUCAUGCCUUCCCCAAGUCAAAUGUCGCGACCAAUGAGACAGGGCACUCACAAAAUGCUUUCUUACAAAGCCAGGAAAGGUUUAGGCACCGAGCUCCAGUGCUGAGCUUGGGUGAUCCUGCUCCGAGGCACCGAGAAGCCAGGUCAGCGGAGAGCAAGGAGGAGAUUCCUGCCCCAGGGACACUGCCGUGGCCGGAGGCGACAGGGUUGAUGCCUGCUCCAGAGGCCGGAUCACCUGGUAGGGGCACCCUGAGCAGCAGCGAGGGGGCUCAGCCCAACACGAGCUCCUUCCUCAUGCUGGGAACACCAAUGACCGAGAGGGCAACUGCUGGCAGCAGCUCAGAAAUGAAGACCGGAGACCCGGCCUCAAACUGGGACCCAGUCCCUCCUGGGACAGUGCAAGGCAAGGAGAGCCCCACGUUACCUGAGUGGCAGCGGGGCAGGGAUGAGGUCCAGAGGGCUCCUUGGAGGGAGCAGACUCAGAACAGGAGCCUAAUAGAGGAGGAGACAAAUUCCGUGGAGCAGCAAGGUCAGGAAAGAAGCUGGUUGAGCGCCCGGCCUCGGCUAGAUGAGGCCAGUGCUGAGCAGGGCUAUGUGCCUGGGAGCACAUCUGGGCAAAGCCCAGCAGAAAACCCUGCAAACCUGACCUCCACCAAGAACCAUUCCCUGUCCCCAGCUGACCCCACUCCCAACCGUCCUGCUAAUGGGAAACUACACAAUCCUCCUACACAAGGCAGUUCGGAUGCAUGGCAGGUGCUUGGAGGAGACAAUGUCCUUGGACAAUCUGGGAAGGGAAAGGGCCAGGGCCUGGAAGGCCCUGAGGAGGAUGGGGAGAGCAGCAGCGUGGCUGAGAAGAGGAGCCAUGCCCCAGACCACCUGGAGAGCCCUGCUCUAAACAGCAGGACUCCUUCCAGCACCUCAAGGCCGAAGACUACCAAGUCAGACUAUGACGAGUACGGUGACACCGAGCAGACCAUGGAGGACUUUGACAUCUACGAGGAAGAAGAGCACGACCCACGUUCCUUCCAGGGAGAGAUCAGGCAGUAUUUCAUUGCAGCAGUCGAGGUGAUGUGGGAAUAUGAGAAUCAGAGACCGCAGCACUUCCUGAAAGCCUCGGAACCCUCGCAUGGCAGGAGGAAGCCUUUCCGGCAGUACCGCAAGGUGGUUUUCCGAGAGUACUUGGACAACUACUUCACCCAGCCGCUGAUGCGUGGGGAGCUGGAUGAGCACUUGGGCAUCCUGGGGCCGUACAUCAGAGCAGAAGUUGAAGAUGUCAUCAUGGUUACGUUCAAGAAUCUGGCCUCGCGGCCCUUCUCCUUCCACUCCACGCUGCAGGCCUACGAGGAGACGCACGGCGCGGUGCCGGGCCAGGAGGCAGUGCAGCCCGGCGAGCUCCGGCAGUAUUCCUGGAAAGUGCUGCCCCAGAUGGCCCCCACCACCCAGGAGUUCGACUGCAAGGCCUGGGCUUAUUUCUCCAACAUGGACCUGGAGAAGGAUCUUCACUCUGGCCUCAUCGGGCCCCUGAUCAUCUGCCGCCAUGGGGUGCUGAGCUCCCUGUUCAGGCGGCAGUUGGCGGUGCAGGAGUUCUCGCUGCUCUUCACCAUCUUCGACGAGACCAAGAGCUGGUACUUCCAGGAGAACAUGGAGAGGAACUGCCGCCCACCGUGCCGCAUCCAACAGGACAACCUUGACUUCAGGAGAAACCAUUCCUUCCACGCCAUCAACGGCUACGUGAGGGACUCGCUGCCCGGACUGGUCAUGGCUCAGCAGCAGCGGGUCCGGUGGCACCUCCUGAACAUGGGCAGCACAGAGGACAUCCACUCCGUCCAUUUCCACGGGCAGCUCUUCAGUGUCAGGACCAACCAGGAGUAUCGUAUGGGAGUCUACAACCUCUAUCCUGGUGUCUUCGGGACUGUGGAGAUGUGGCCCACGCAUGCCGGGAUCUGGCGGGUGGAAUGCAAAGUGGGAGAGCACCAGCAAGCCGGGAUGAGCGCCCUGUUCCUCGUGUACAACCUGAACUGCUGCAGUGCCCUUGGCCUGGCCUCCGGCCACAUUGCAGACUCGCAGGUGACGGCGUCGGGGCAGUACGGGCAGUGGGCCCCUCACUUGGCCAGGCUGGAUAACACCGGCGCCAUCAAUGCGUGGAGCAGCGACCGCACCAACGCCUCGAUCCAGGUGGAUCUUUUACAUCCCAUGAUCAUUCAUGGCAUAAAAACCCAAGGGGCCCGACAAAAAUUCUCCAGUCUCUACGUCUCCCAGUUUGUGGUCUUCUACAGCCUUGAUGGGCAGAGGUGGAAGAAGUACAAAGGGAACACUUCCAACACCCAGAUGUUCUUCUUUGCAAACGUGGAUGCUACUGGAGUGAAAGAAAAUCGCUUCAGCCCUCCCAUCAUAGCCCGGUACAUUCGCAUCAGCCCCACUCACUACAACAUCCGGGCCACGCUGCGCAUGGAGCUCAUGGGCUGCGACCUGAACAGCUGCUCCAUGCCCCUUGGGAUGGAGAAUGGUGGCAUCCCCGACCAGCGCAUCUCAGCGUCUUCCUACAGCACCAGUGUCCUCUCCAGCUGGUCGCCCUCCCAGGCCCGCCUGAACCGCCAGGGCAGGACCAAUGCCUGGAGGCCCAAGGCCAACAGCCCCAGCGAGUGGCUGCAGGUGGACUUUGAAGUGACCAAGAAGGUGACAGCCAUCAUAACCCAGGGCGCCAGGGCCAUCUUCACCAACAUGUUUGUGAAGGAGUUCGCUGUCUCCAGCAGCCAGGACGGCGUGCGCUGGACCCCGCUCCUGCAGGAUGGCAAAGAGAAGAUUUUUCAGGCAAACAAGGAUCACACAGGCACGAUGAUGAACACCCUGGAGCCCCCGCUUUUCGCCCGCUACGUGAGGAUCCACCCCCGCCAGUGGCACAACCACAUCGCCCUGCGGACAGAGUUCCUCGGCUGCGACACACAGCAGGAGUACUGA